GGAAGGUAUGAAACAUCCGCCAGAUUGGACUAUUUUACUUCAUUCUAACAGCAGCCACCAUCCAGAAUAGAAAUGAAAUCGGUUAUCUGUUUGGCUCUCCUGGUAGUCGCAGUUGCUGCCCUCACAGAAAAACAACUGAAGAAAGCAGAUGGGUUCGCUAAUGAAUGUUUGGUCAAGUUCUCGGGAUUGAGCAAAGAUACUCUAUCGAAGCUGCGCAGCGGUCAAUUCUCCGAUUCCAAUCAGGAUGUCAAAUGCUUCUUCAAAUGUUUCCUGCAGCGAGCUGGAUUCAUGGAUUCCAAGGGAAUUUUGCAAACUGAUUACGCAAUCGAGCGACUGUCACAGGACCGAGAGAAAUCCAAGGUAGAAGCGUUGGUUAUGCAGUGCUCUCAGACCAAGGAGGAUCCAUGCGAGACCGCUUAUCAAGCUUUCGAGUGCUACUACAACGGAAAGCAACAACUCAUUUGAACACAUCGUAAGACGAAAAAAAUACAUUUACAAACUGCAACAAACACUUGGAUUUAUUCUGA